AUGGCCCCUAUGACUCGCUUCCGAGUCGGCGACGACCACAUCCCCCUCCCCAUCGUGAAGGAGCACUAUGAACAGCGCGCCUCCGUCCCCGGCACUCUCCUCAUCACGGAGGCAACCCUUAUCUCGCCACGUGCGGGGGGCUAUUCCGCCGUCCCCGGGAUCUGGAGCGACGCGCAGAUCGCGCAGUGGCGCACCGUGACGGAUGCCGUGCACGCCAAAGGCUCCUACAUCUACAUGCAGCUCUGGGGACUGGGUCGCGUCGCGAAUCCUACCGUCCUCCGGAACGAAGGGAACCAUGAUCUGAUCUCCAGUAGCGCGGUGCCUGUUUCUCCUGACGCGGCGGUGCCGAGAGAACUAACCGGGGAGGAAAUCCAUGUCCUCGUUGCGGAGUAUGCCCAGGCAGCGAGGAACGCCAUCGCUGCGGGAUUCGAUGGCGUCGAGAUCCACGCCGCGAAUGGAUAUCUGAUUGAUCAGUUUAUUCAGGAUACUGUCAACCGACGCACAGAUAUCUGGGGAGGGAGCGUGGAGAAUCGCGCAAGGUUCGCGUUGGAAAUCAUCCGUGCCGUUGUUGAUGCUGUCGGCGCGGAUAGGACUGGUAUUCGGUACAGUCCGUUCAGUACGUUCCAGGGAAUGCGGAUGACGGACCCGAUCCCGCAGUUCGAGUAUCUGGCUCGGAAGACGGCGGAGUUCAACUUGGCAUAUGUGCAUGUCGUGGAGGCGAGGAUCGCGGGAAGCACGGAUGUCAAUGAGACUGGGGAUCGGUUGGAUUUCUUCCUCGAUGCUUAUAAUGGUGCUGGGCCAGUGAUUGUCGCCGGGGGGUAUAAGAGUGAGUCGGCUAAGGAGGCGGUUGAUGUGCGGUAUAAGGACCAUGAGGUGUUGGUUGGGAUUGGGAGGAUGUGGACGUCGAAUCCGGAUUUGGUGUUCAAGAUCAAAUCGGGGAUUCCGUUGCGGCCGUAUCAGAGGGAGGUCUUUUAUCUUCAUGGGAAUCCUAAGGGGUAUGUCGAUUAUGAGGUUAGUGAGGAGUUUAAAGCUGCUCAGGUGGCAGCUUGA